GAUUAAAGUUCAAGGCGUCUGCUAUAUAGUUUCUCAUUAAAAUCAGAAUAAACAAAAGAGCUUCUUGAAGAAAUGGGAGGGCUGAAAAUGUCUUGGUUUCCCUCAAUAUUGUUGCUUAGUUUAACAAUCAAUAAUCUCUCAGAGGCUGGCCGUAAGCUUCAUUCUACCGUUGUUGUUGGAACCGUGUACUGUGAUACUUGUUUCCAGGAGGAUUUCUCUAAGGUCGCACAUUUUAUUUCAGGUGCAUCUGUUGCGGUGGAAUGUAAAGAUGGGACUUCGAGGCCUAGUUUUCGACAAGAAGUGAGAACCAAUGAGCAUGGAGACUUCAAAGUUCAUUUACCUUUCUCCGUUGGCAAACAUGUCAAAAAAAUCAAGAGAUGUUCAGUGAAACUUAUCCGUAGCAGUGAGCCAUAUUGUGCGGUGGCCUCAACAGCAACUUCAUCGUCACUCCAUCUCAAGUCAAGAGAGCAAGGCACUCACAUUUUCUCAGCUGGGUUUUUCACCUUCAAGCCGUUAAAACAACCAAAUAUAUGCAACCAAAAACCAAGUGUUGAAGAUUCUAAGCAAGUCAACACCCAAAACACCUUGGGGUUUGGCCAACCAAAUUUUCCCAUAUUCCCACCUCCACUUGCAGACCCAGCAUCCCCACAAGCAAGUCCCCUGCUUCCCAACCUCCCACCAUUACCUCAACUCCCUCCCCUGCCUCCCCUGCCAUUCCUUCCAGGGCUCCCUAUUCCACCAAUUCCUGGAAGGAAUUAAAAAAAAAA